CAACAGACAUUGCAUAUGGAAAUAUUUUAAUAGUUGUUCAUUAUUUAAUCAGCCAACAGUCAUAGCAGACCUUUUCAGAUUUUUUGUUGUUUAUAAUGUUUAGAAUACCAUGGAGACCUCGUGUGGAAGUGCCAGAAUUCAACAGGUGCUGUUUCUGUCUACCACUAAGACCCGGAUUAUUAGUUUGGGGGUAUAUCAAAAUGGCCGCCCUUUCAGUGUUUGGCUACAUUCUCAUCGAAGAUCUAAUACGAAUGAUGAGUCACUCAUAUUUCAGAGUCCCUACAGUAAUGAUUCUUCUUGUUUGCUUUGUGGUGAUUGACAUCAUGUUUACCAUAGGGUUCAUUGUGGCUGGGCAUAUGAAACACCCGCAACUUUUCAGAAUGUAUUACUACUACAGCUUAGUGUCUCUAGGUAUUUUUUUUAUUGGCUACAUGAUCGUGUUAGGGGUGUAUUUCUACACCUUUAGGAAUUUGCCAGCGUACAUAUUCCUCUGGACGACUCUUGACUCUUUAUACACGGCAGUUCCUUUAAUCUUGGUACAACUGUACCUGUCUUUGCUGGUGAAGAGCGAGCUCCGGAAACUGUCCAACAACUCCAACUUCCAGUUCGUGAACACCGCAGCCGAGGCCAGCUGCUCCCUGGACCUAAACAACGUCACUAGUGCCGCAGAGCCGUGAUAAAAUAGAUGUUGCAGCGCGACCAGUGCCAUAACUAGCCUUUAGAGUCCAAGAAGACUACAGACUUUUUGUCGGCCGAUAGUAGAUCCUUAUCUACUACAACAAAGUAUUAAAUAAUUAAGUAGUACUAAUUAAAAAGUCUGUGUUGACUCUUAUGCCCGGUGCAAACUUCUCCAACCCUUGACUUCAGCCAGUCAGUUCUUUUUUUCGCCCCCUACGACUGGCGCCCUGUAUCUGAACAAUGAACAACCCUCACGCACACCGUCUACUUAUUGAACUUAGUAUUUCUUGGUUAUUUAUACAUACAGACUUAUUUGCGUAUUUAUUGCUAACAUUAAAAAAAUUACAUAACAAUUAUGUAUUAUUGCUUUAAAAUCUUCAACUUGGGUGUCUCCAGUCUCCAGAGCAGAUAUUCGAUUUAAAACGAUACCUACCCUAAUAAAAAUCGCAAUGUCUAAUCGCGUUUCUUUUUAGAUUCCCCGUACAUGGUUCCUGGUUCAUUUUUGUCUGGAUCAGACUAGACUAAAGUUGAAUUAAGGAUAUUUGGAAUAUUUGUAUGUACUUGAUAUUCGUUAAAGAGAUUCAGAACUGUUGAGAAAUAAAAUGCUUGUUACCAGUAAGUAAUUUCAUCGAAAGUGACUAGGUACGAGCGCUAUAAAAUAAGACUCUCUUAAUUUGUAUCACUUAUUUUAAUUUAGUCUUAAAUGUACUCAAUGUCCUUAUAAUUAAUCAUAACUACUAUAAUUAAUAUCUCAAUAUCACACAUAAAUUAAAUUUCUAAGAGCUACCUAAAAUGUUUAGGUACCUAUUUACAUUUUUACAAUCCUCUUUACAACAUUAAUACAGGUGCAGCAAUUUGACGAAGGUAAAUAAAAUUCGGUCGGGCUCGUUAAAUCUGACACUACUUACCUUACCUACUACGAAUAUAGUGACGUCAGU